GCCUCCAGUGAGAAGGGCGUCCGCGACCGUGCCGUGAGGAAGCUGCGGCAGUAUCUCAGCGCAAGGACGCAGAGCGACACAGAUAAGGACUUUUCCCCGGUUGCCACCUUCCUUCCCUUGGCUGAUAACAACACACAUGUGGUACUUCAGGCUUGCUUGGAGCACUGGUAUAAGAUGUACUUCAGGUGUCCGGAAUGGUGCAGAGGAAGCGACUGUAUGUGGAAGUUUCAGUCAGGAAGAACUCCUAAAAAUAUGGAAAGGACUCUUCUACUGCAUGUGGGUGCAGGACGAGCCCCUUCUGCAGGAGGAACUAGCGAACAUUAUUUCCCAACUCAUCCACGUUGUAAGCAGCUUGGAGGCUCAGCACCUGUUUAUUCAGACCUUCUGGCAGACCAUGAAUCGAGAGUGGCAAGGGAUAGACAAGCUGCAGCUGGACAAGUACUGCAUGCUCAUCCGCCUGGUCCUGAGGCAGUCCUUUGAAGUUCUCAAGCGGAAUGCCUGGGAGGAAAGCCAAAUCACCCUUUUUUUGGACAUCCUGAUGAAGGAGAUCCUGAGCCCCGAGAGCCAGUCUCCCGAUGGAGUGAGGUCCCACUUGAUUGAUGUGUAUUUGGAUGAGCUCUCCACUGUGGGAGGGAGAGAGCUCUUAGCGGAUCAGAACCUCAAGCUAAUUGAUCCAUUCUGCAGGAUUGCUGCCAAGGCUAAGGACCACACGCUGGUACAGACUGUAGCGAGGGGUGUUUUCGAAGUCAUUGUAGAUCAGUCUGCCUGUGUACCUGAAGAGUCUGUGGAAGAGCAGAAAACCAAAGAUGGCAGUGGCCUCCCUGCAACUGAGCUGGCCUGUAGGAAGGCGGUCGCUGGAAAGAAGGCUGCACUGGAUGAAUGCCUCAGAGAUGGAGUCAUUGGCAGCAGAGGAAGAGACGUCUGUGCAGCCUUGAAAGAUUCAGGGUCACCUCUCCAGUUUGACUAUAAGGCUGUUGCUGAUCGACUCCUGGAAAUAGCCAACUGGAAGAGCACCCCGCCCUUCAACAGGAAGCGGCUCUGCAGACUAGUCAGAAAGUUCCAGGACCUCUCUGGAGGCAAUGGUACUCAACUCGGUUUUACUGAGGACAUUUCUGCUGAGGAGAAUGGUCAAGCUCUUGCUCAGAGAAGACACAAGAGGAAAAGAAAAAAGCUUUUAGAGAGAGCUGCCUUAGAAAGGGAGAAAGGAAACACAGUAUCUCCUGCUGGUGAAGAGGACAACGGAGGCCACGUUCACAAGAGGAAAAGGAAAAGGAAGAAGAGGAGCCACUUCCAGCCUGACACUCAGGGCCUGGACGCUGCUGUCAUGCCCGCAGUACCAAGUGCUGACACCGAGCUCGAUUCUGCCCAGACGCAGGCCCCACAAGCAUGCGUGACUGAUCCUACAGCAGAGGCUGUGCCCAGCAUCGGGGAGAACAGCUCCGAGCCUACACCCAUCACACCCACACACAGUAAAAGGAAACGGCUGAGAAAGAAGAACCUGAAGGCCCACAGAGAGGUCUGGAAAUCCACCGCUUCACCUCAGGAGGCCACGGCACAGAAUGACCCUGUCGGUGGGCAUCCUCAGAGCUCUGCUGCCCACACUUCUUCCUCAGAAGGUGUCCAAGCCCCAAAAAGGAAACGGAAACUGGGAGCUUUCCUUGUCAGCAGUGGCAACUUAACCGUACCGAAGGCAGGUACCCCAUCAAGCCAAGUGGAGGGGAGUGAUGGCCAGACCACCGUGCCCCGGUGCAAGAGGUCACAAAAGAAGAUAGCAUCCAGCACCCUUGAGCCCUGCAGUCUGUCCAGUCAAAAGACAGCAGUCUCAAAAAAGAGGAAAAAAAUGAAGCUGAUGACAAAUGGUGUGUUGGAGUCCAGCGCCGGGCAGAUCCAAGCUCUGGGAAGCAGCAAGACUCUGAAGAAGCCACUGAAAAUGGAGGACGACUUUGUGAAGUUUGACACUCAAUUCUUACCAAAGCCCCUGUUCUUCAGGAAAGCCAAGAACAGCUCUACCAUCCGUCCCCAAGGUCCUGCUGUCCAGCUGAAUAAAACACCCUCCAGUUCCAAGAAAGUCACCUUUGGAUUGAACAGAAACAUGACCGCAGAAUUUAAGAAGACAGACAAAAGUAUCCUGGUCAGCCCCACGGGGCUCUCCAAAGUGGCCUUUAACCCUGAGCAGAGGCCACUGCACGGAGUGCUGAAGACCCCCACAAGCUCCCCAGUCUGCACUCCUCUGUCAACCAUGAGACUACCAGCCACCACCCCAAAGAGAAGGCCGAGGGCUGCGGACUUCUUCUGAGAGCCAGAAUCCCUUUUUGAAGACUGCUUUUAUACUGGAUGUUCUAUAAAUUAUAACUUUUAAA